AUGCCGUUUUUCAUACGAGAUAUUACCGGGGACUUUGAGACCGACUACCUGGAAGCAUGCAAACGAAUAGACUGUACACCAUUCCUACUCAGGAAAAUCAGGUGGCCUCUACCUCCUCUGCCAAUUCCUGACGAUCCACAUGACAUUGCUUCCAAACUUAAUGCAGACACCACAACAACCACUUCACCUGCAUCUGCUAAUGUAACUUCUAGCACUCUGACUAUUCAAUCACCUGCAAUACCGCCACCCGCUGAAGUCACUCCAUCACCGCCUUCAACUGCUGCUCCUGAAGGCAAAUCCACUCCUAAAAGCGGUAAUCGUAGAACCUCGUCAACGGCUGCACCUCCAACCAUUUCAACUCCAAAUAAGAGAAGCGCUACGGGAUCUAAGGGCCAAGCUGCUGUUGCUGAACAACCUCCUGCUAGUCAGCAAAAUAAUAAUGCAACAUUACCGACUCCCGCACCAGCCAACACUGAUAAGGAAGGGUCCAGACCUGCCAGUGCAGCUCAGGCCGACCCAGUAAAGCGUGUAAAUGGAUAUAGAUAUACGCCAAACGUAGAUGUCAUUGUGUCGAAUGAAACUGGAGACGAUGAAAUUCGAUCUGUAGAAGUUCGAGGAUGGAAGAUGGCUAAAGGAAUCAUGGAAGCUCUAUCUGUAGCAAUACCGGCUUGUAAUUCUAUCAAACAACUCACAUUGUGGAAUUGUGGUUUGGUAGAUUCGCAGUUUAAUCUGCUAUUACCUGCUGUCUUGGGAUCUACAUUACGACAUUUGGCUGUGGACGACUGUCCCAACUUGAAUGAAUCUACAUUGGCUCUCCUUUUAUCAGAAGAGUCGCCUUUAACAUCGCUCAGUUUACGUGGCAAUCGCAUUGGAGAUGUUGGAUCCAAGGCUAUAGGUGCUGCUUUACGUGUAAAUCGAUGCCUUCGAGUUUUGGACUUGUGGAGAAACAAGAUUGGGCCAGAUGGAUUGACUGAAAUUGCUGAUGCACUGAAGUACAAUCAGUCUCUCAUUUUUUUGGCAAUGGGAGAUAACAAUGUUGGCGAUGCUGGUUCAACGAAUCUCUCAAAGGUCUUGUGUAAUGUUGCAGUGACGCCUGACGAGUUAGCUGCUCGUAAAAAAGUGUUGACAGAGUUGGCUCUUAGAAGAGAACAAGACGAUGAUGCACUUGGACGUGGUAAAGGUCGAAAUCCGUAUUCGGCUGGGAGCAAUGAUGAUCCUCGGCUUCAAAGUGUGUCACAAAUAGACCUGAGUAAAGGUGGCGCUAAGAAGCCGGCUGGAAAGAUAGCUGCCAAGAAGGACGACAAAGUGAUGGCUUCAUCAGCAACCGUUAAUUCGAAAGUAGCAGAAAAACCGACGACUGGUCCUACUCCAGGCUCACCAGGUAAAAAAGGAGCUCCAGCUCCUGCUCCACCAGCAGAUGCCAAAGCUGGUGCAAAGAAUGCAAAAGGAGCUGCUCCGCCACCGGCGACACCCACUGCUGCUGGAAAGGGUGCCAAAAAGGGUGGUAAGCCUGAAGAGAAGCCCAUAGAGGAGAUUGAAGAGGUUGAAGAACCUCCACCACCAGCAUCACCAGAUCCAGUCAUGGUUGAAAUGAAUGGAAUUCUGGUCUUUGUUGGCAAUCGUACCUUGUCGUACAUCAACUUGUCUGGCAAUGGCAUGACAAGUGUUGGAUACUCGGCCAUUGCUCGAGCAGUUGUUGAACAAGGUGAAGUGGUGGCAAUCAACCCAGCUUUGAGCUCUGUUGGUGAAGGGCUCAUUCAAGUUGUCGUUGAGCCAAAUCUUGUUGAUCUCAACAACCCAGUACAUCUUAAUAUGCAAUCUAUAUUAAAGACACGUGGUGGUGUGUUUGCAUCGCCUGAAAUUUAG